GCAGUGGUUCAGCAGGCGCAUAUUGGAGCUGCGCAUCUGAACAUGUUUUUAAAUGUAAGAAGCAUUGAGAGAAAUAUUCCAAAAAAUGUUUGAUAUAAGACUGAGUAGAGAAAUGCCUGAGGAAGAACUUCCUGCCCAAGACAUAGAGUUUUUUGUCACUCCGGGUUAUGUUAUAUCAUCUGAUCCUGGUUUUAUGAGAGGUCAUGGAACAUGGGCAGAUGAAGAUGAUAAAAUAUGUGCCACUGUUGCUGGUUCUGUUGAACGAAUAAAUAAGUUGUACUCUGUGCGACCUCAGCGAUCUCGUUACAGUGGGGAAGUUGGAGAUGUUGUAGUUGGCCGAAUAGUUGAAGUUCAGCAUAAAAGGUGGAGUGUGGAUGUAAAUGCUCGAUUGAAUGCCAUUUUAUUACUUACAUCAGUUAAUUUACCUGGAGGUGAAUUAAGACGAAAAACGGAAGAAGAUGAACUGAUGAUGAGAAAUUAUCUUGAAGUUGGAGAUCUUAUCAGUGCAGAGGUAAAAUCUGUGUUUUCUGAUGGAUCUUUAUCUUUACAUACUAGGAGUAUGAAGUAUGGAAAGCUGUCUCAAGGUCAGUUGGUGAAAGUUCCAUCCUCUUUGGUACUUCGUAAAAAGACCCAUUUCCAUGAUAUUGUGAGUGGUAUUCAAAUUAUUUUGAGCAAUAAUGGUUACAUUUGGAUAGCUCCUAUAUCUGGUGAAGAUAUUGAAACUGGUGGCUUCGCUCAAAAUUUAGAGUGUAUUUCUAAAGUUGACCGAGAAAGCAUUGCAAGGUUAAGAAACUGCAUCUUGGCUUUGGCUAAGUAUAACAAAAUGCUAUCAGACACAAUUAUAUUGUAUGCUUAUAAUGCAUCAUUAUCUUAUGAGGAGAAAUCUUUGGAAAAUAUGAAGACCCCCUGUAAUAUUUAAGGGAAGAGGAAACCUUCUUUCGAUGUAUGAGGUCGUUAAAUUCUCUGAGCAGACAAAGGAGAAGCCUGUAUUCACACAGUUUCUUUAUACCAGGCCAAACGACUUCAUAAUUGUGACCUAUUUGCCCGCUGUCCUUGAACGCUACACAUACCAUUGACAACAACCAAUUGGCGACACAAAGACUGGACACCUUAUCGAUGGAGUCACGUCGUCUUUACCAGUGAGAAAAAUUAUGAUGAACCAAAAUGGGAAAAUUCAUUAAAAAUAGGCAUGUUUGGUGCUAGUUUAUCUGUCAUCAAAAAUGUUUGCAUAGAAUAAAGG